AUGCAGCCCGCGACGUGGAUCUUCGGGCUCUGCGUGGCCGGCGCCGCCGCGAGCCAGCAGCGGGCGACCCUCCUCGAACUCUACGACGCGACGGGCGGGAGCGGCUGGGCCAACGCGAGCGGCUGGGCGACGGCGGCGGCCGACGAGUGCGCCUGGCACGGCGUCACCUGCGCCGGCGGCCGCGUCGUCGCGCUCGACCUCGUCGAGAACGGCCUCGACGGCCUGCUGCCGGCCCUCGGCGGCCUCGGCGCGCUCGAGGAGCUGCUCCUCGCGGAGAACGUCGGGCUGUCCGCGAACCUCACGAGCCUCAAGCCGGUCCUCGCGGGGAACCUCACGACGCUGGACCUCGGGUCCGCCGAGAUCGUCGGCGGCCUGCCCGACGACGCCUUCGCCGACGCGCCCAACCUCGACCUCCUCCGGCUGGCGUCCGAGUCCCUGGCCGGCGAGCGCCUGCCGAGCGCGUGGCCCGCGCCGUGCGUUUUGACGACGCUGAGCGUCCAGUACAGCGGCCUCGUCGGCCCGUUGCCCGCGGCGCUCGGCGGGUGCGACGGGCUGACGAACCUGCGCCUGAGCGGGAACCACUUCACGGGCGCGCUGCCCGACGCGUGGCGCGACCUGGCGUCCCUCGAGCGGCUCAUGCUCUCCGCGGGCAGCGACAACGCGACGACCACGCGGGCGUUGGCGGGGCCCCUCGACGCCGUCGCGUCCCUGCCGGCGCUCACGUACGUCUUCGCCAAGUCGCAGCGCUUCAACGGCACGCUGCCGAACUUCGGGAGCGCGCUCCGGGUGCUCAACCUCGAGAACAACGACGUCGACGCCUUCGCGGACGACUUCGGCCGCAACAUGAGCGCCUGCGAGACGCUGAGCCUCGCGGGCAACCGCCUGGCGACGCUGCCCGAGUCCUGGGCCGAGGCGGACGCCGUCGUCAUGCCCGAGCUCCUCGUGCUGUCGCUGGCCGAGAACGCGAUCGCGCUGGACGUCCGGGACGCCGCGCGGCGCGUGCCCGUGCGCAUGCACCGCUUCUCGCGCCUCAUGGUCUUCGACCUGAGCGGCAACCUGUUAACGGGCGACCUCGACGCCGCCUACGACAGCAAGCCGCCGGCGGAAACGUUGCGCACCGCGAAGCUCGCGCGCAACGCGCUCACGGGCAGCCUGCCCGCGCCGGCGAACCUCCCGGAGGUGAUCACGACGCUCGACCUCUCGGACAACGACCUCGAGGGCGCCGUCUGGUCCGAGUACGCCAACCUGGAGAACCUCUACGUCGCGGGGAACCCGAGGAUGGGCGACGACGCGCUGCCCGUGUUCCUCGAGGCGGACCGGUCGAGCAAGGUCGUCGACGAGCCGUCCGGGCGCCGCUGCUUCCCCGCCGUGUCCACCGUCGAGGGCCACGACGUGACCAUCGACGACGCCUACGACGGCUACGACCGCUGCUCCUGCGCCAAGGGGUACGUGUUGGACCGCGCGACGGGAUACUGCGAGGGCUGCGCCGCGGGGACGUACGACGCCGGCCGCGGGUGCGCGAGCUGCCCCAACGGCACGUGGUCGAAGCCGCGCGCCAAAAGCCUGGACUACUGCGCGUGCCUCGAGUCGCACCGGGCCUUCGACGGGGGCAACUGCACGGCCUGCCUCGCGGGCACGGAGCUGUCGGAGGACGGCGACGGCGUCUCGGAGUGCGCGCGGUGCCCGGUCGGGACGUACAGCCCGGGGAACGGCGAGGGCUGCUCCGCGUGCUACGGCGAGACGUCCUACGCCGACGAGCGCGGGCUGACGGCCUGCAAGACCUGCCCGGCGAACAGCGCGCGCGCCUGGACCCUGCUCGACGCGGGCGUGGCCCUCGACGAGUGCGUCUGCCUCUUCGGCUACUACUCGUCGGUCGCGAACGCGAGCUACGUGCGCGGAUCGUCGCGCCACGCGACCUGGGGCCUGCCGGGCGUGGACUGCCUGCCCUGCCCCGACGGCGCGUCGUGCCUCGGCUACGGCCACGCGCCGCUGACGAGGCCGAACCACUGGGCCCACGUCGACGACCCGACGCGGACGGCCGAGUGCCGGCCGGGCCUGGGCCGCUGCGCGGUCAAUGCCGCAAACUGCCGGCCCCUCGAGGCGUCGAUGAUCUGGGGCACGAUCGGCGUCAUCGAGAGCGACGUCGUCUGCGCCGACGUCGGCUACGAAUGCGCCGAGGGCUACGGGAACACGCUCUGCGAGCGCGUGUCGAGCCCGGGCUACUACAAGUUCGGCUACUACAACCCCGAGGCGUGCCCCGACGAGCCGGACAUGCGGAAAGUAUUCGCGGCGGGCGUGAGCGCCGCGUUCUUCGUCGGCUACCUCGUCCUGCACUCGUUCCUCGAGACCGUGCCGUCGAUCAACCUCAUCAUCUACUUCCUGCAGUUGGCGGGGAUCGUCCUGCACUGCAAGUUCCCGAAGCCGGACAGCAUGCACCCCUUCGGCACGUUCCUGAACGUCCUGCUCCUCGAUCUCGACGUCUUGGCGCCGACGUGCUGGGUCGACUGGUCGCCGGCGGACUCGCUGAGUUACCAGCUCUUCCUCGCGGCCGGGGGCUUCGCGCGCUACGUCGGCCUCGUGGUCUGGAAGUUCCUCUGGCGGGGCUGCCGGCCGGGGGAUUUGGAUUUCGAGGACGGCGCGCUCGGCGGCGAGUUCUACCACGCGUGCCAGCAGGCGAUGUCGUUCAUGACGCUCCAGCACGCCGUCAUCACCUUCAAGGCGCUGCGGUUGCUCCCCUGCGACACGAUCUUCGGCGAGUCGUUCCUCGAGGCGGACCACGACGUCCGCUGCAUGGGCGAAGACGGGACGAUGCAGCGCGGCUUCGCGGCGUUCAUCGUCGCCGUCGUCGGCGUCGGCCUCCCGCUGCUCGGCUACGUCCGCGUCUGGCGCUCGCUCCGGGAGAAGAAGGGCGUCCACGACUCGGAGACGCAGGCGCUCGUCGGCUACCUCGUCGCGCCGUACCACCACCCCUGCCACAACUGGCACGCGCGGCGCGCGCUCGUCGCCUUCCUCGUCGCGCUCUGCGCGACGAACGUGAACCCGGCGCCCGUGCAGCUCGGCUUCGUCCUCGUGGCCUUCGCGCGCUUCGCGCUCGAGGAGGCGGAGAAGCAGCCCCACAUCUCCAGCGGCCUGAACUCGCUCGCGAACUGGGCCUGGUUCUACCUGCUGGCCCUCGCGGCGGCGUCCGUCGGUCUGCUCGAGGACGGCGGCCGCGGCACGGUCAUCGUCUUCCAGCCGGACGCGGACUGGCGGACCGUCUACGCGGCGCUCUGCUACGCGGGCGCGGGGCCCCUCGUCGCCGUCGCCGGCGGGCGGGCCAUCAAGGAGCACGCGAAGCACCAGGCGCGGAACCGGAACAAGCACGUGCUCCGCCGCUACGCGCGGUCCAGCGGCACCAAGCGCAAGAGCCCCGCGCCGGAGGACGCGGUCGCGGCCGGCGGCACGCCGGGCUGCGGCGAGGACUGGCUCGCGGCGCUGAAGUACGUGGCCGAGGUCGCCGCGGACUGCAGCAACGUCCACCUCCACGGCGGCGGCGGCAAGACGGAGAAGGCGGCCCGCGAGUACGCGAAGCUCGUCGCCGCGGGCGAGCUCGCGGCGACGCUCCACCCCUGGGCCCUGGGCCAGUACCUCACGGACCCGCACCGCUCGCCGAGCGACAUCGACGACUUCUUCGAUUUGGCGGAGCACAUGUGCCACGUCGUCGACGACGCGUCCCCGACGUCCGUCUACUCGGGCGACCACCGCGCGACGUUCUGGCGCGAGUUCGCCCAAUCCUUCGGCGGGGCCAUCGACUUCGUCGUCCACUUCCUGACGACGGUGGAGCGCCAGGUCUUCUUCUCCGUCCUCACGCGGCUCCAGGAGCACACGUGCAUCGCGAACAAGGCCUCGCGGAGCCUCCACUACGCCGUCGCCGAGGAGGACCGGUCGUCCGUGCUCUACUACCUGCUCUGCACGAACCCCAAGGACUUUGGGCGCUGCGCCGACUUCCUCAAGGCCAUGGCGGCCGCGUGCCGCGACCGGCCGCCGCCGGGGCCCAUCCGCGCGGUGCUCGAGGGCCACGUCGCGGCGCUCGCGGACCCCUACGACAAGGCGGUCAUCGAGGCGGACAUGGCGCGCCAGACGCAGCACAAGGAGCACCACGCGCGGCGCCAGUCGCAGACGCUCCUCUCGGAGUUCGAGAAGUUCAACACGCGCGAGAUGCAGAUGGUCGAGGAGGGGCUCGACCUCAUCCGCGGCAUGGAGCUCCGCGGCGGCCGCGCGCGCGGCCGCUCGUCGUCGUCGGAGAACGGGGGCUCGCCGGACCGCGGCCGGUCCCCGUCGCCGGAAUCGCCGCGGUCGCCGCCGCGGUCGCCGCGGUCGCCGCCGCCGGGCGGCGACGCGCCGCGGCGCCGGAAGAAGUGGGCCAAGAAGCGCCGCGACACGCGCGAGACGACCGUGGGCUGCUUCAUCCCCAUCUGCACCGUCACGGAGAGCCGGAACAAGCCCAAGGUCGCGCCGGAGAAGGCCGACCUCGCCGCGAGCCUCGGCAUCGACGGCGACGGCGCCGAGGAGAACAAGGCCGAGGACGGCGACGCCGAGGGCGCGCCGGUGGACGAGGGCGGCGACGCCGAGGGCGCGCCGGCGGACGAGGGCGGCGACGCCGAGGGCGCGCCGGUGGACGAGGACGAGGUCAUCCUCGAGGAAGGCGACGCGUCGCCCGUGCCGCGCCUCCUCGUCUAA